CAYCACUGCGCAUGCUUUGACACCCAGGCCCCAGCUCAUWUGUGCGGAAGGAACGCCUGGUAGAGGAAGCAUUGUCUUUCAAGARAAAACAAASYGAAACUGGGAGGGAUAUGUUUGAAUGUUUGAUUAUAUUUAAGAAUACCAAAGAAGGAAAUGCCAGYUCUGUAACCGAUGUAGUGUAUUCUUUUAAUUUCUCUCACCUUUGUCCGCUCAGGUGAAGGAACUUUGCACUUUAUASACUACAAGCUGUCUCGUCUGUCAGACUAAAGCACCACAAAAUGCCUGCCCUUGUUGCUUUUAAUCGACGCUGGCAAAUUGGCAGCGAUGAUUUGGUAUUUGUCUUUGGGGGUGGUUUGUUGGCUCGACUACUGUGGUUGGUAGUCCUCUGUAUUAUWUUUGGUGUUUACCACAAAGAAAUGAAGUCAUGUAACGCAAGCAGCACYUUGGAAGCRUUCUUCAUUGGCGUCAUUGUCAUCACCUGCUUUGUGAUUAUAAAUGAAAGUAUAAUAAUCUGGAUGAGUAUGCGAGGAACAAUUAUUAACACAAGACCCAGACAACAUAUACCAUACCUGCUGUAUGUCCAAAUACUCCUUUACAUCCCUGAAAUAUGUCUAUCAGGACUUGGGAUUUACUGGGCAUUUUAUGACAGUAAAGGCUGUGAAUUGGCCAUCACAAUACCCGUGCAAGUUACUGUGGUUUUUCAGUGGUGUAUUUUACUGUCAGCCAUCAUCGUUGUUCUGGUAUUCUUUGAUCCAUUGGGAUCAGGACAAGCUGGUCUUCAUGAUGACUGCACUGAAGCACACAUGCACAAAACAACAAAGUUAUGGGAGCGUCGUUGUAAAUGGCUAUGCUGUUGUUUUGUUGGUCGUGACGAAGACUACAUGGAUGCUAUCUCUGAUAUUGCUAAAGUGUUUGCAUCUGAGCUCAAUGGUGUUGAUGCUGUGCCUUCUGAUGUUGCUGUUGGACUCAUUCUGCUGCAGCAACAACAGGAUGAAGAAGCUAGGAAACUGCUAGAAAGUGGCAAGGCACCACUAGAAGGACAACCUGUUGAUUUAUCAGAUCCUGCCCAGACAACUCUUAUCAAAGAUGCUGCUUAUUUUAUGAAAUAUUCMUUGGGAUCUUAUGGCUGGCCUUUGUAUGUUUUUAUGAAUCCUUGCUGUGGAACUUUUCACUUUUGUGGUAAAAUAAGAUGUUGUUCAUGUUGUGCGCCUGAUAGUCAUGUUACCGGUGACAACUGUUGCAUGUGCAAUACUGCAGCUGUUCACUUGCAAUCCAACCUACCUGAAGAAGAUUUGUUUUAUAUUUCAUUUCACAAUAAAUUGUAUGAAAUCCCUUUCUACGUUGCUCUGGAUGACCAACACAAGGCUGUAGUGAUAUCAAUCCGUGGUACACUAUCAAUGAGGGAUACUUUGACAGACAUGACAGGACAUGGAGAGAGAAUUGACAUACACGUUGAAGGCUUGGAGGAUGGAAGCAUGGCACACAAGGGAAUGUUCCUGACUGCGCAGUACAUCAAGGAUCAGCUGAUUAACAAGGGUAUCUUACAAGGUGCAUUUGAUGAUGAUAUAGCAACAGCUCAUGCACAAGACUACRUUAUGUCAAUAAUUCUUGGAAAUGAUGUUGUACCAAGAAUGGGAGUCAAGAAUUUAAACACCUUAAAAAGAGACCUUGAAACAGUUAUCUUGAACUGUAACUUACCAAAGUACCGUGUGCUAAUGACUGGYUUCUGGAGGGCAUUGUGUUUCUUUUUGGGAAAGAAAACAAGCAUUCAAGAUAUCUACCCAAUAUAUCCUGAUGAGUUCUCACCUYCCCACUUAAUGGAACCUUUGUUAGGAGAAAGACAGCCACUUAAUACAGUAGACAGAGGACCUGGGGCAAGCUACGUUGCUGAGGAGGAAAACACAGGUGAAAACGUAAGAGAGUCAGGUAAUGGUGAAUCCUCUGGAAGUCAACUUGUACAACUUUAUCCUGCUGGGAAAAUAUUGCAGAUUUAUGAAAAGAACCGYAACAGGCCACAAACUGAUUCCAGCUACGAGCUACUAUGGGCCGACAAAGAGAUCUACUAUCGWGUACUUAUAGGUCCCAGAAUGAUACGAGAUCAUCUUCCUGAUGUAGUAAAGAAUACAUUGGAAAACAUAGCAAAGACCRUAGUUAGGUAAUAAAAUUAGUUUUCAUAUUAAAUAUUAAUUAUUUUGAGAAAAAAAAUAUCUUGAAAAGAUGUUCAAAUAUAAACUACGAUCUURAAUUUCAUUGAGUGUAGUUCCCCUUGAGGGAGAAA